UACUUGAUUUUGUUUUCCUUUUUGCUAUUUCAUUAGAUUGUUUUGGAUUGUAAAUCUCCAAAUUCAGAUUUUGUGUUGGAUUCAGUGUCCAAUCCCCCAAGAUUUAUGUAAUGCAUCUAAUUAAAGCUGAUUUUCAAGCAGCGGGCUGUAGCUGACAAACAUGCGCAACGGCUGCCAGGCUUCUUGGUGAGCUGAAACUUUCUUAAACUCAUAAUCUGCCAUAGUUGAUACUCUGAAUGAGCGCUUGCUCCGCACACUUGAUUUGGCUCUUCUUAGUAAACACACCAGAUUUCUUUUAAAAUGUUUGGAAGGAUUGCUUUUUUUCCUGAAAAGAAAAAGUUUUCAUAUUUAAAACAGUUCAAUUGUUAUUUUUGUAGAUUGUAAAUUAGUUUGAAACUUCAAACAUUAUUAAAUUUGAAAUAAACUGUUUUUCUAAAAGUUUCCUCUAUUCUUUUCAGAAACUAAAAUCAAACGAAAUUAAAACAAUUCCUCUUCAUUCUUGCAUUUUUUAAUAGUUCAAUUGAUGUCUAGUUACGCUCUCAAUGUUUCUCUGUUGCAAAUCUUUCCGAAAACAUGCAGCCUCGCUGGAUUCAAACGAAUGUCCUCCCUUGAGUUGGUUUUUCUAGUCAAUAACUGCGUUAAUCGCCUUCUCUAAAGGCCGUUAACGCGCGCAAAGAAGGGCGCACACACUUCCACGUGCGCGCGCAGUCUGUGCGCGUCUUCCAGCAAAGUGGCUGGGGCGGGACAAGGCGGGGACAGCGAGCAGCGCGCUGGUCGGGGUUGGUGGGCAGCUGAUUGUCCGCGUCAUUAGCCGCGCUUGAGGGCGUUCCUGUUGGCCGUGAAGACCACGCCCCCUGCUCCGGUACUUUUUCUUCUGUUUGGCAUCCCAGAGAUGGUCCAAAGUGAUUCCUCAGGGAAGAAAAGAGUGCAAAGCACACUCGCAGGAGCUGACAAGCCGCUGUUACCCAGGACCGCCUCUUAAUUGCGCGUAAUCUUCCGUUUCAUUCAUCCAAGCUGAGAGGAAGACUUUGUAAAUAGAAGCAGCAGAGGACGAGAGACGCCUCAUCGUGGUUUAUCUUCAAGCAGUGGACUGUUUCAAGCAGAAAUUGACAGUUUCCUAGUGUUUUUGUCAGCUGCACCUUGAUCCGAGGGACUGUCGUCAACUCUGCCUCCCCGCGCUUCCCCUUUUAUCGUUGCUCUUCUUCAUAUCUGCUGCCUCCCCUUCUUAUUCUUGUGGAGUCGCUGACAUGAGACGCUGCUGUAGCCCCGGAUGCUGACAGCUCCCCUUUUUCCCCUUCUGCAUGUCACAUCUUUUGUUUACUUUGAGAGGCACGCGUGCGUCUAAACACCAAGUGAAAUAGACCGCACCACUUUGCUCCGGUGACAGCGCGAUCAAACAGUCGCAGGAGAAGGGGAGGCCGGGGGAGGGAGCGAAAGAGAGAAAAGGAGGGAACCCAGGAGAGGAGGAUAGAGACACAUAGAAGAGAGAGAGAGAGAAAAAAACAGAGAGAGCGCAAAGGUGCGUUUUGAUGUUUGGCAUCCACGAGAGCAUCCAGAGGAGCGGGAGUAGUAUGAAAGAAGAGCCCAUGGUGGCCGGCAUGAACGCGGUUCGGACAUGGAUGCAGGGCGCCGGAGUGCUGGACGCCAACACAGCCGCCCAAAGCGGAGUGGGUCUCGCUCGGGCACACUUUGAGAAGCAGCCGCCCUCCAACCUCCGCAAGUCCAACUUCUUCCACUUCGUCCUGGCUUUAUACGACAGACAGGGUCAGCCCGUGGAAAUAGAGAGGACCACCUUUGUAGACUUUGUGGAAAAAGAAAAGGAAACGACUGGGGAAAAGACCAACAAUGGGAUCCAUUACAGACUCCAGCUCCUCUACAGUAACGGGAUCCGGACAGAGCAGGACUUGUAUGUUCGGCUCAUUGACUCCAUGACUAAACAGGCAAUUGUUUAUGAGGGCCAGGAUAAAAAUCCGGAGAUGUGUCGGGUUCUGCUGACCCAUGAGAUCAUGUGCAGUCGGUGUUGUGAUAAGAAGAGCUGCGGCAACAGGAACGAGACCCCAUCAGACCCUGUCAUCAUCGACAGGUUCUUCCUCAAGUUCUUCCUGAAGUGCAACCAGAACUGCCUGAAGAAUGCAGGGAACCCCCGAGACAUGAGGCGUUUUCAGGUGGUAGUGUCAACUACGGUGAGCGUGGAGGGUCAUGUCCUGGCUGUCUCUGACAACAUGUUUGUGCACAACAAUUCAAAACAUGGGCGCCGAGCUCGAAGACUGGACCCUUCAGAAGGAACACCGUCUUACCUGGAACAUGCAACCCCAAGCAUCAAAGCCAUCAGCCCCAGCGAAGGCUGGACCACAGGGGGCGCAACAGUCAUCAUCAUUGGAGACAACUUCUUUGAUGGCCUUCAAGUAAUAUUUGGAACCAUGCUAGUCUGGAGUGAGUUGAUCACUCCUCACGCCAUCCGUGUGCAGACCCCGCCCAGGCACAUCCCAGGGGUGGUGGAAGUCACGCUGUCCUACAAAUCCAAACAGUUCUGCAAAGGAACACCUGGGCGCUUCAUUUACACAGCCCUGAACGAGCCAACUAUAGACUAUGGCUUCCAGAGAUUACAGAAGGUCAUCCCAAGACACCCUGGAGACCAAGAGAGAUUACCCAAGGAGGUGAUUUUGAAGAGAGCAGCAGACCUGGUAGAGGCCUUGUACGGGAUGCCUCAUAACAACCAGGAAAUGAUUCUAAAACGAGCAGCUGACAUCGCAGAAGCCCUCUACACAACAGUGCCACGAGGGCACAACCAGCUCGCGGGUCUUGGCAGCAGCUCCGUCCACGCUGGCAUGAUGGCCGUAAACUCGUUCACUGGGUCAGAGGUGGCGCAAACAGCCAAUCAGGGUUUUAAUAGGAGUACGAGCAGUGUGUCCCCUCAUGGUUAUGUCCCCAGCUCCACUCCCCAGCAGAGUAGCUACAGCACUGUCUCCACUAGCAUGAAUGGCUAUGCUAACUCUGGCAUGGCAACUCUGGGCACUUCGCCCAACUUCCUCAAUGGAUCUGCAGGCAACUCGCCCUACGCUAUCGUCCCGUCCAGCCCCACCAUGGCAUCCUCGACUAGCCUGCCCUCCAACUGCAGCAGCUCCUCCGGCAUCUUCUCUUUUUCUCCCGCCAACAUGGUUUCUGCUGCCGUCAAGCAGAAGAGCGCCUUCGCCCCCGUUGUUCGACCCCAAAACUCCCCUCCGCCAACCUGCACCAGCACUAAUGCUAACAGCCUGCAAGAUCAGUCUUUUGUGGACUCUAGCAAGUACUCAUCAGCCAGCUCUCUGCAGGGCCUGGCCUUCUCCUGAACGAUCCCUGGAAUGAUCGUUCCGCCCAUGUAGAGGAUCUGGGGUAGCUGGAGAUUUGGGAAUGCUGAGAGGAAAAGACGCAGUAGCAGGAUCUGGCGAGUCUCUGUUGUGCUCUGGAGCUGAAAUGACUGAAGUCAAGAUAAGACUGUUAAACUCAGGCCUUUCUAACUGAAUUUCAUCGGAAGGGACAUGGGAGAAAGAAAAAAAAAAGAGGACAAUAUGAACUUUUGUGAUGUUGUUUCCCUUUUGGUUGAUUUAGCGCAGCUUCACUGACACAGCGAUGGAUGGAGUACAUAGACUGAUAGUUCGCCCACAGUGUGACAUUGACCUCAUGAACAAAAAGCAUUUAUUUAUCCUUCUGUCUCCACCUGUAAUGUUUGUGUUUGAUUGCUGGAGGCCCCUACACCCUUCCAGAACACAUUUAUGAAGUUUAUCCAAUGCCUCAUUUUGACUCACAAAAACCAACACUGCGUGAACAGAACAACAGCACAUGCCACAAAGAAACACUGAGAAGAGCAAAAUCCACCCCUAACUUUUGCUGCUAAUUAUCACAUAAAUCUAAAACUAAACAGUUGCUCAAAAUCACCCAGCAUUGUUUCAGCGUUGCAAACUAUGCCUUCCUUCUUUGUUCUUCUCAUUUGGUUUGUUUGUUUGUUGGAAUUUGGAAAAAAACUGUGAGGAUUGAGCUGUUUGCAAUAUGUGUUUCUGCUUGUCACAUAAGGAGAAAAGGCAAAAAAUGUUGUUUUGCCUUAGUAGACCUUUUGUCUAAAAAUUUUAAAGACUUGAAAAAGCCAGAAGAUGCGUGUUCAGCCAGCACUGUACUGAAGGAGCCUAGCAAUGAUCAAAUUAGAGUAAAUAACGUGAUAUAUGUGAUCUAUUUUUGUACAUAAAAAAAGCCAAUUUUUCAUUUCCCAUCUCUUUUUUUUGCCAUAGCUACAGUUUGAAAUGUAUACAAUUAAUGUCUUAAGGCAGCUUCUCAGUACAGACGAUAGAUUUACAGUGUGUGGUCAAUAUCUCAUCCACUGAACACGGAAAACAUGGAUUUGGAUUCAAAAAUGGGGAUUCCUGUAAAUUAUCCUAUAAAUAGUGUAUUUAUCCCUUGCAUUUGUACAUUGACUCAACCUUGUUUAGUUGUGUUGUGUAUGUUUAAAACAGUAAGUGAACUGUUUUUUUUGUUUUUUAUGUACUGUUGUUUCCCACUAUUUAAAUGCAACUUUUUAAAUCUCCCUUUUUAUGUUGUUUUCAUUUGUUGAUUCAAAACAUGCCAUUGUCUAUUUUUGUAUUAUUUGUAAGUUAAUAAAAAAAAAACUUUUUUGUUCUUAUAAAAAUGAUCAUUGUAUGGCAAAAAGUAGCAUCUUAUUCAGAGUAUUUGGUUGAAGUAGAUUUUUGAAGAAUAUAAACAUACAUUAAUAUAUACUGUAAAUCUAUAUCUUUUGGUUUAAUUUUUUAAGGCUUUCUGAAUGAUGCUCUUCUAGAACUGAUAAUAUGCAUGGGUUCUUCUCUGUGUGUGAAAGCCAGAAGAACUUUAAAAACACUUUGAUUUAUCUUUUGUGUGUUUUUUCCUUUUUUUUCGCCCUCUGUUCUUUCUUUUGUCGUUUCUGCCUGCUUACUUACUGUAUCUAUAUACUUUUUUUUUCUUUUUUUAUGUCACUGUAAUCUUUACCAGCAGUCUAGAUGCCUUAACAAUGCAAAUUCAUUCUUCAUUCAAUCACGUGUACAGUUUUCUAGCCUCACCACAAUUGUCUAUUGCCACAGGAAUUCAUGAGAACUUGGGGAGAAGCACAAACCCACUCUGUUUGGUGCUGCAGCCAGACUAGAAUACAAAGAGCCAUAAUUCAACAAUCACAAAUCCCCGCGUACUAUAAUGCUACAGCAACAGCACCCUUUGAAAGGAAGUCAGCGCAGCCUGACUGUUUUGUUUGCCGCACAUCAGUUUUCAUAGAUACACUUUUAUUGACAAUGUGUAGCCGUUUUUCUUCAUUUCUUGACUCAUUAAAUAAUUUCAACAGCAUGACAGUAAUGUUUUUCCUUAACCACUGGAUCGCAGCUGUUUCAAUUGUACCACAGAGUGGCACAAAAGUGAAGCCAAGCACCGUCACAGCACAAUUCUAAUCUCUCCCGUGGAGUCGCCGCUCCGACUCCAGUGUCCAACAGCCGGUUCCCUGUUCUGGCAGCUAGAUAAUGCAGCAUCAUUACAAGCUAAACAGGACAACAACAUGCGAGGGUGUUUGAAAAGGAAGCUCCUUGGCCCAUUAGCCAUUUCUGUGGUCUUUGUGUCUGCAGUGUGUCUUCAAGCUGUUGCUGGACAGAGAAUAGGGCUUUUCUCUCUGCUUUUCUUCUCUAGAGCCUGGUUUUGUUAAGUGGGCAGAAAGGAUCGUUUUAACGGAGGCGCCUGCUGACAGACAAGUGUUUUUCACUCACUUGUGUGCCUGUGCUGGGGCAGGAGGGGCCGCAACAUAUCUGUUUCAAAUGAACUACAGAGGUCUGUUGUCAUACAAUGGCAUCUUUGUAAGCAAAGUCCCAUCCAUGAUAUGAAAAUCAGUAAUGAGUGACAAAGUUUUGUACUUAAGUAACAAACAACAACAACAACAAAAAAGAUUUAAACCAAAUAGCUGUUGUCUAUUUUUUCCUCUGUCUGUCUUUGACUGCAAAUACACUGAACAGCUCUAUAAUAUAAGGGAAGAAAAAAAUCUACUGUAUAGAUUGUUAUUGUUUUUGAUGAAAACUGAGCUGUAAGAUAACUUUUGGAUUCUCACAAUGUUAAUUAAAGUUACCUCUUGUCUGUGA